AUUCAUCAGUAUGCAGCGAUAACAGUAUGCGGUAAAUAUUACUCACAUUAAUCUGGUCGCAUGGCUACAAUUCACAUAUCGAUUGAAGUUAUCUACCUGACGGGUUAGUUUGUGGAAUGGAUUUUAUGAAAAUAUGAUGCGAUUUACGAUUCAACCAACCAAUUUCUAAAUUGUCCUGCCAACGUGUAUAGAUGAUGUGUGUAUUGACAUGUCUGUCAUCAUGUGAAGAAAAAGAACGAGAAAAUAAACAGUAAGGACGUAAGCGUACGAGCUGCGCACUGUGCCAAAAUGUCAUUGCUGUACUCUGAAGCACUUAUCUAACAAGUGGACCACAGGCAUACAAGCAAUCACACCGUUUGGAAGAUGAAUCACAUUUUAUAUCUAUACAUAGACAGCAGUUAAUGUUAACGAAAUAGGUUAUGUUUCAUUCGAUUUAAGUCAGUUUAUAAAUAUGUUUGUUUUAUAAGAUAACAUGGAUAAGGAAUUAACAAAUGAGGAGACCCGAAAUUGGGUGAAGGUCUGUCUCGCUUUCCGCUGUGUGACAGAUUGUUUUAAUCAAUUUUUGAAAACGAAAAGUGAAGAACAAUAUAAUGAUAACAUUACAUGUUUAACAAUAGUGUUGGGGGUUGCUGAAUAUAAAUGUUCUACCUGUAAUCUGGAAACAAUACGAAACAAACUGUGCCCGGAAAAAACGUGUGAAAAGUUAUAUGAUCUUAUUGUGAGUGAACAUGUCAAGAACCCUAAAUGGUCGAAUUCCAAAUCGGAACUGUGGUCUAACAAGCUAUCUGGACCAUGGGAAAGGAUGAAGUGCUUCAUUGAAACAUCUGGUUACACCGAAAAGUCAGAUGUAUUACAGGCAGAUGUUACAGCAUUUGUUCAGAUUUGUUUCAACAACGUCCAUUUGAAACGGGACUUUGGGGAUGACCUAAAGUAUCUAGAUAAGAUUCGAAGCAUUAGAAAUGACGUUUCACAUUUAAGAAGCAUGAAGAUCAACACCAGUUCCUUCAAAGAGUACAUUCUGGAUAUAAAGAAUGCUCUACAGCUUCAGCACUUUGAUCAGUAUAGAUUAGCGGAUCAACUACAGUACUUGGAAAGUUUAAAAAACGACAAUCAGCGAAUUACUGUAGAAGACGAAAUAGUAGCCAAAGAAGAUACACUUGUUGUCGUAAAAGACCUGAUAGUCUCAUUAAAGGAACAGCUUGAACAGACACAGUCGUUAAACGUUGCCAAUUCAGAAGCGAAUUUCGGACACAUAAAACAGGAAAUAGCACAGUUGACUGUGAUUGAAAAGAAGCUUUCUCAGCAAAUAGGAGAAAGAUUUAAUGAACUUGAAAAACAUUUGAAAGAAUUGCAAAAGAAGUACUGUAAAACAACAGAGAUGCUUAGUAAACACAAAGCUAAAUUAGACAGCAUCGAAGGAACAUUGAAAUUGCACUCUACGCAAUCAAGCCAGAUUUUAAUGGAAGUCGUAGAGGCGAAAAAAAUUCUUGAAAAGAAUGCAGGAAACAACGAAGUUUUAGAAAGAUUGGAAAGGAAAGUUGAUGACAUUCUAAGCAAGCCACAGGCUAACAUAAAGCAAAUUGAUGUCCCAGAUAUGAAGCUUAUUAUCGAAAUAAACACGUCCACUGGCAAUGAACAAGCAGGAGAGUUGUUAGUGGCAUCUACAAACGGCAUCGGGCGUGAUGGAUUUCUUUCGGAAUUGCAAAGACAUAUCCAAACAGCUCUAAACAACUUUUGUAAAGGUGGAGUUCAAAUUAAAUAUGUCAAGAAUGAGUGCAUGGCGAUUUAUUGUGGGUAUCCAAAUAUGAAGUGUUGGUUAGCCUUUCUACGCCAAUAUUUAAAAAGAGAAUUUGACGAAGUAUUUUUACCGGUUCAAAAUCAUCUGAGGACCUACAUCGGGUACGAAGAUCUUGAGUUGAAAAAAUCUGUCCAGUCGAUAUUCUAUCAGUUGGACGCACACUUGACGGAUGCUGUGAUGUUCACAGAAACACAUCAGUUGGAUAAAACAUCUUUAAACAAAACAGGCAUAACGGCUUCCCCGUACAAACUCAGAAACUAUCAGUUGGAACUUUCUGAGAAUGCUGUGAAUGGAAUGAACACGAUUAUUUGUGCAGAAACGGGUACCGGUAAAACAUACGUGGCUUUGAACAUCAUUGAAAAGCACCUGGCUGAUACGUCGAAAGUUAAGCACAGAGUCGUGUUUAUGGCCCGUACAAACGUUCUCAUUCAACAACAAUUCCAGACACUUACGAGUCGACUACCUAGGUGUAAGAUUAAGCUGAUUUCUUCCGAAAUGGAUGCAUUCACCAAUAUGGCUGCAUUCCUUCCCAAUAACGAUAUACUUUGCCUUACGCCGCAAAUUUUGCUGAACAACAUUGAUAAGGGUUCCGUGCAACUAUCUGAUUUUUCCUUGCUGAUAUUAGACGAAUGCCAUCACACAUCAGGAAAUCUUCCAUACGCAAAUCUGGGAAGACGGUACAUUGUAGAAAAGAACAAGAACGUUAAUAACCUUCCCCAGAUUGUAGGAUUAACAGCUUCAAUUGGGAUAGGAAAGGCAAGGACCGAAAGCGAAGCCGUGGACUACAUCCUGAAAUUGUGUGCCCUGUUGGAUUGCAGAAUUCUUUCAACAGUCCAAAAAUACGAAGACGAAUACAUGAAAUGGUGUAACAUCCCUACGGAAGAAAGGAUCAGCCUCGUAGAAACCCACCUCGACCCGUGUAGAGAGGCAAUUAGCCGAGCGAUUCUGAAAACAGAAUACCUUUUAGAAGAAAUUGCUAUAGUGCAACCGAAUCUGGUCGAUUUGGUUUCAAAUAACAGGCCUGACCAUGCCAAAAAGCCGGCAGAAUACAUCAAAUGGGCAUUGCUGCUUCAAACACAUGCUAGACAUAACCAUUCCUCUGAAGAAGACUUAAGAGACAUUGGAUCAUGUGCUCGAUAUCUCGCAAUUUUUGUUUCAGCAUUUGAGGUGAACAAACUGCUUCCCAUUAAACAUGUUAUAAAGUAUUUAGCAGAAGCUCAGAAGGUUGAAUCACAGGGAAAAGACAGACAUACUGAAAACGAAAAGGAAUUGUAUAAUAUAUUUAUAGAGGUUCAGAGGAAUUUGUUGCAAGUUAGCAAAAGAGACGAGGAUAAUCCCAAUGUUAGCACAUUGUGCGCACAGUUACGACAAAUGCUUCUCGAGAAAGGGGAGGACUCCCGAGCAAUGGUUUUUGUACAAGCUCGCGCAACGUGCAAAGCAUUAGCUGAAGUUCUUGAUCUGGAAUUUAAGACAGUUCGAAUAAACGCGCAUUAUCUAUUCGGACAAGACACCCGGGGCUGUAUUCCAGGUAUGAGCAAAGAGGAUCAAACAAACACGCUAGAAAAAUUUAAAGACGGGCACUACAAGAUACUUGUGUGUACAUCCGUGGGUAUCGAAGGUUUAGACGUGCCUGACUGCAACAUAGUGAUCAACUACAACUAUGCUGGGAAUGAAAUAACUAAGGUCCAAAUGAGAGGAAGAAGUCGAAAAUCAGACGCUACACAUAUAACUAUUGCCAGCUCGCAAUUGCUUCAAAGAGACGAAGUGAAUAUUUAUAAAGUGAACAUAAUGUACAGGGCCAUGAAGCAGAUUUUGCAGAUGGAUUCGACAACCUUUCGACGCAAUUUACAAGACAACCAACGUCAUGAGCUCAAAUACCAUGACCCUCAACAUGAAGAGCCUAAGAAAAGAAAGCUUACUUGCGAUGAUGAUUUUACGGUUUCUUGCCACCGAUGUAAUGCUGUUCUUUGCCAGGCUUCUGAUAUCCACAAACUGGAAAAUAAUCAACACUUUGUUGUUGACCAGUCUUUUCCCGGUCGGGUUAAAUUAGUGGAACACACAGCACAACAACGAUACGCAGGCAUUUUAAAAAGGUAUAAAAUGCAUUGCAAAUCGUGUCCUCUUGAUUGGGGAAUAGUAGCAGAAAGUGGAAAGUACCUGCUUUAUAUAAUUAAGCUGGAAAAUUUGAAAUUCAAAAAUAACCGCACCGAGGCGAUUUCUUUCUACAGAAAGUGGGGUGAAGUUCCCUUCGAUUUUCCUCAGCACGACCUGAACGAUAUCCCGUCAUUGUUGGCAUAUCAAACUAACACCGAAUAGCCGUGAACAUUUACGAUGCACUAUGGGAUUAAUAAACACGUUUUUAUAUCAUACACCAAAGGCAUAUUUGUUGUUAAACGAGUCAUAUGCGAUUAACAAGAGCACUGAAGUGCAAACUAUAUUUUUAGCAAAUUAGUAUUAUGGUAAUCUUCAAAGAAAACGUAUUUAUUGUGUAUUUAAUGAUUAUUACAUUUAUUUAGUUUCAGCAUUAAACACAAUGAUUUAAGGAUGAAUACAAUGAUUGUGUAUGGUUUUAUUUUUUUCUUAAGAAUUAUUGGAAUAAAAUGAAAAUGCUUUGAGCUACCAACAUUUCAAAAUGUGUUAUUGCAUAGAACCUUUUUGCGUCGAAAUUAAUUUCUUAUGUUGUAAAAUGUGUUUUAUUAUAAUUUCAAAUAAGCAUGUUUUACUAAUAUUGAAACUGCUUGUCUUUUAAAAUGCACCUUUAAGUUAUAAUCGAGUGUAUGGACUAUUUUGCAAGCAUUUUUGUUCAUUGAAUUCAAUAGAUAACUUGCUGUCGUGAAUUGUGGCUGUCAAAAGUUCAGAACAGGAAUGGAAUAGCAAUACGUAUACUGCAAUUAAUAAUUCAAACUAGAAUCAAAUGUAAAUUCUAAUCACAAAAGACAUACAUCGCUUAAGUGUGAUAUUUCUUUUGAAUGUGUAUGAUUGGAAUAAACAUGUUUUUGUGAAGAGAGAAUACAUUGUCACAUAAUGAUCUUUGUUUUAUGUUUGUCCAUGUUGAUUGUUAAAUGUCUGAGAAUUUUGAUAACAUAAAGGGGUGUUUCAUUAUGAUUUAAUACAUCUUUAUUACAAAUACAAAUACAGGAAAACCAUGAGAUGUAUUGGUAAUAAUCAAAUUCCAAAUUAAUCUUUGUAAUAAUUGGUGUAUUGGUGUCUUGCUUAAAAUGCAGUUCGCGCGGGAAACAUGUGUUAUAUGUUAUGGCAAUUAAGGAAAGACAUGUGAUAUGUUGCCUGCAUUAGUGUUGAUUGUGUAAUAAAUGCCUAUUCCAACAUG